AAAGUCAAUUCAGGACGCGGCUGCGGUAUCACAUCGUGUCUAUGGAUAAAGCGCAUUACAUUGCUUACCCAGCUGUCGUUGACACGCCGGGGCACUUUACAAAUAUGAGAAGAAAACUGGACCAUCGCUAUUAUGAGGCUCACAAGCAGCGGGUGGAGAACGUGAAACCCGUAGUGGACAAUAAAGCGCCAAGGACAUAUUUACAUUUCCAUCUGAAGAUGAAGAAAAUUCAGAUGGAGCAGGAGAGAUUGGCAACAGUGGAGAGGAACAACAGAAUCCUGCUUGAGAAAAUGGCUUGCAUUAAGAGCACCACUGGCUGUGUGGACAACUGGAAUAACUACCAGCCCAAAAGCCUUAACAUUGGUAAAAGAAACCAAGAGCUUGUGAAGAUAACAUUGGACAAUCAGGCUAUCCUCAAUAGAAUAAAUGCUACCAAGUCCAUCUAUAACCAUCAAAAGUGGCUGGCUGACUACAAGGUUAGCAGAGGAUACCUUACUCAAAUAACAAAGUACCCAGAAACAAGAAAGACAAAGAACAAGGACUGCCUGCCAGAAAUCAACAAAAAAUGAUGGAAACAGAUUACAAGGAGCGGCACUGUGAAGAUUUCUUUUUUAGUCACAGUAAUAAAGUAUAAGUGGAGUCUGAGUGAGUUAAAAAAUAAAAUAAAGAGUUUAACAGUUUUUGUUAUCUAAUAAAAAGGUCUCCAUUACAUAAACAGCAUACAAUAUCUAUACUGUAUGCACAAAUAUAUCGGUAUGCAGAUAACUGAGAAAUAAAAUGUUGUCUUAAGGUUAAAAUGCUUGAAAUGCCUUUGCUGCUGGAUGUUUUAGACAUUGUUUUUAGAAAUGUAUCCUCAUUGUAGUAAACGUGUUGCUUUAAGCAUUCAUGUGCAUGAUGUGAUGAGAUCAGAAUUUAAUUUUCAUUCCAAGAAGUACUGAAGUCCCAAGUUUGAAGGUCAAUUUUUGUUCUUCUUGUUUGCAAGGAAACAUUUGUUUCAUAACACGUUUGGACAAACGGUUAUGUGAAUAGUUGGUUGAUUUGUUUUUACACAUAAUGUAAUAAACCAGACUUCAAGUUCUGCA